AUGUCGGGGGAAGGCAGGGACCGCAUCAAGGAGAUCGUGAAAAGCGCCAGCCUCCCCGAACUGGUGGCACAAGAGGGUACCUACAGGAUGAAGCUGCUGGGCAAAGUGGAGUCCAUGUCGAAGAUGCAGCAGUCCUUCAACUCGGAGCAACGGAGUUUUUUGAGCCGGGUGAAGAAGCAUGAGGGCAGCCGCAGGGCUAAUUCCAUGCCCUCUGCCACUCUGACCUUUCAACCUCACAGUACUUACGCGCAGCACACGCAGCUGGGCGCAUGCUUCGAGGAAGUCCAGCACCUUGAGGCCACCCUGGCAGCCCUACAGAAAAGGAAGGAUGCGAUCCGAAACCAGGAGUGGCAAGCAGUCUCGGUGAAGCCCAUUCGAGCUUCGGGCUGCGCCCGCUCUCAGUCGAUCACCAACAUGCAGGCAUGGUUCAAGGCUUAUGGGGAGCCCUCCGGACUCAGCCGAUGGAAGGAUUGGCGCUCCAACAGUCCCUUCGUGCAGAGCCUGAAAGCACGGAGGCUUGAGCUUUGA